AAAGUCCACUUACAAAAUUUCGGUACCAAUACCAAAUGAACCAAAUUUUAUUAAAAUUUAAUUUAGAAUUUGAUCAAAAUAUUUUAAGUUUUUAUUUUGUCAUUUUCUGAUGCGCUGUUAAAUGUACAAUAUUGCAAAUAAUUUGGUGCUAUUAUCUCUGGAUCUAUUCCAUUUCUCGUAGUUUAUCUACUUCCACAAAGAUGCUAAGCAGCAAGACCUGACCAUGCCCUCCUCCUCCACAGAAGAAUGCGCUGCCAACGAAGAGUAUCUCAUCUGCGGGUCCGCGUGUCCCUUCAACUGCACUGACCCUGAGGGCCCUGUGGUCUGCGAGGAAGACUGUGUGGAGGGGUGCUUCUGCAAGAAUGGCUACUUGAGGGACGUGAACGGGAGUUGCGUGCCGGCUGAUCAGUGUGUUGGAGAACCCUCAAUCUGCUCUCCCAACGAGGAGUUCCUGUCCUGCGGCUCCGCCUGCCCCCUAACCUGUGCUCAGCCGGAGCGCGCGCCCUGCGGCCUGGCCUGCAGCGUGGGCUGCUUCUGCAAGGCUGGCUACGUCCGGGAUGAGAAGAGUAACAAGUGUGUCACGUUGGAUCAGUGCCCUGUUGGUAAGGACGCGGGAUUGAUUGGCUAACUAGCUAGCGACAGACUGAUCAGUAGAUUGUGUCCGCUGGACAUAGGACUCUUGCAAGGAGCAACACUCUGUCGAACGGUAACGAACCCGGCC